ACUCGGCGACUGUCGCCGUUUGCCGUCAAGUCCGUCAUAGCGUCGUGUUGUGACGUUGACAAGUGGAUACUUUUAUAUAUAAUUUUCAUCAGUGAAAAUAAGUUUGUUAUUCAAAUAAAUUAUUUUUAAUAAAGUAUAUUUAAUAAUCUUUCAAGCCAAUAUGAGUCUAGUAGCAAAUACCGGUAAAUUAGCUGGUAGGACGCUGUUUAUAACUGGCGCUUCUCGUGGUAUUGGAAAAGCUAUUGCGUUAAAAGCGGCAAAAGAUGGAGCAAAUGUGGUGAUCGCUGCCAAAACAGCGGAACCACAUCCGAAAUUACCGGGCACGAUUUACACUGCUGCUGAAGAGAUUGAAGCUCUUGGUGGCAAAGCAUUGCCAUGCAUUGUAGAUGUAAGAGACGAAAAACAAGUUCAGAAGGCUGUAGACGAGGCUGUGAAGAAGUUCAAUGGUAUCGACAUUCUGGUGAACAAUGCUUCAGCGAUAUCGCUCACGGGCACCGCCCAGACUGACAUGAAGAGAUACGACCUCAUGCACAAUAUCAACACGAGAGGCACAUUUUUGGCGUCAAAGCUGUGCCUGCCAGUGCUCAAGAGCAGUGAUCAUGCGCACAUAUUGAACCUCUCACCGCCUCUUAAUAUGAACCCUUACUGGUUUUCGAUCCAUGUGGCUUACACGAUGGCCAAGUACGGCAUGUCGAUGUGCGUGCUCGGCAUGAGUGAGGAGUUCAAGCAGUUCAACAUUGGCGUUAACGCUCUCUGGCCUAAGACAGCUAUCGCAACGGCAGCUAUUGAGAUGCUAACUGGCGACACUUCAACAAGUCGCAAGCCCGAAAUUGUAUCGGAUGCAGCUUACCUCAUGCUUUGCAAAGAUCCCAAAAACUACACAGGCAACUUUGCUAUCGAUGAGGAUGUCCUCAAAGAGUCUGGAAUUAAAGACUUGACACCAUACGCCUGUGAUCCGAAGAAUGCAGAUAAUCUCCUAUUGGACGGAUUCCUUGAUGAUCCCGCCUCAAUCAGCCACCACCAAGCUAUCAGUUCCGUCUCCAUGAGGAGGUAUCAUACCUCAGCCGUUAACUACAAGGAAAAGGCAAGCGAAGGUGGUCAAAUUCCAGAACUGUUUGCCACAAUCAGCAAAAAUCUUUCACCUGAGCUUGUGAAGAAAACGCAAGCCAUCUAUCAAUUCAAUGUAAAAGGAAAAGAAGAGGGUGUAUGGCACAUCGACCUCAAGAACGGCGACGGAGCGUGCGGACAAGGCGAGCCAAAGAACCCGCCUGACGCGACCCUCACCAUGGACGGCACCAACUUCGCAGAGAUGUUCGCCGGUAAACUAAAACCCACCACGGCGUUCAUGAUGGGCAAGCUCAAGAUCAGCGGUGACUUACAAAAAGCGAUGAAGCUCGAGAAAAUGAUGAAAUCAUUAAAGAACAAAGCCUAACAUGAAUGAACAUAAAUCAUAUGUUACAGUAGGUGCAGUGUAUACAUAGAAGAGUAUAAUGGUAUAAGAGGACAGUAAUAUUGACUGACUACCAAAUUGUUAUUAGGUAUAAGCAGUAUUUAUGCAUAUUUUCGAUAUUUAAGUCGGAGAUUGUCACAAAACACAAUAAGAUAAACUCUGGGAAUUAUACUGAUAUUUAUUUUGAGAGAAACAUAGAUUAUGUAUAUUGUGGUUGUACAUUAUGUAAAUAUAUUUCAUGUUUCAAAGCUUAUAGUAUUUCAAAAACAGUAUGCAUUAUGGAAAUUGUGAGAAAUUUAUUUAUGCACAAUGACUAAAUGGCACAACUUAAACUUUUUAUAAGGAAUAGCAUAAUUUUAUUGAUAUUCAUUAAAUGUUUUGAAAAUACAUUCAUUUUAAAAUUAUAGCUAUAUUUUAAAUUUUAUGCGGUUUUUAUAAUCUAUUCUUUUAGACUCCCGUUUAUUUGUCUAUCAGGAUAAUAACAGUGCCUUACAUCAUUUUAAAUUCAACUGCCAAAAUGGAAGUAUUCAUGUAAUUUACUCUAUGGUGUAUAAAAUGUUAUAAAAAUAUUGUGUUA